AUGGAUAAGAAUGGUCGUCUAAUGAUUGGUGCUCCUCCAGAAAGCAUUGGUGUUGCUUGUAAAAACAGUUGGAUGAAUGCUGAGACAUUUCUUCGAUGGCUACAACAUUUUCAGCAGCAUGUUCAUUCUUCUGCAGCUCGUCCAAUUCUCCUAAUAUUGGAUGGACAUAGUAGCCAUAAAGAGCUGAAUGUUAUUGAAUAUGCUCGGAAUAAUCAUAUUCACAUGCUGAGCACUCCUCCGCACACAACUCAUAAGCUUCAGCUGCUUGACCGUAUGUUUUUCAAGCCUUUCAAGCAGGCUUUUGGAUCAGCAAGAGCAUCAUGGAUGCGUCAAAAUCCUGGUGCUCGACUGACGGAAUACGAUAUUGCUGGACUUGUUAACACAGCGUUUACCAAAGUUGCUAGACUGGAUAUAGCCCAAAAUGGCUUCCGCUGCACGGGAAUUCAGCCCUUUGAUCGAGACAUUUUCUCAGACCUAGACUUCUUAGGUUCUGCUUUGACCGAUAUCCCACUGGCUGAAGAUCAGGCUAACCAAUCAACAACCCAGGCUUCCAGUCAUGCAGUCCCUGAAAACGAAACGGAACCAUCGACUAGUGCUUUACCUGAGACCUCAGCUACCCUUCAGAUGGAAAUUCCAAGCACAUCCGCCAAUGUUGAAAAAGUUAAUGACAUGCUCAAGAUUUUAUCGCCUCUUCCAGACGCCUCUAAGAAAAGACUGACUGUAAGAAAAAGAAGGACCCAGAAAAGUCAGAUUUUGACGUCAUCGCUGUAUAAAAAUGAGCUGGUGGCGAAGACCAAAGAUCCUAAAAAGAUGCCAAAGAUCACGAAAAAUAUGAAGAACCUAUUGAAAAAGAAAAAUCCUACACCUAAACCACGUCCUGAACAUCAGGAAACUGAAUGCAUCAUUUGUGGUGAAACGUUUGAUAUAUGGAUGGAUUGA